AACGAGAAGGCGGCCAUGCAGAGCCUCAACGACCGCCUGGCCGCCUACCUCACAGCGCGCGCGCUGCAGGCCGCCAACGUGGGCCUGGAGAGGAAAAUCGAGUCCUGGCGUGACAGAUACGGCCCCCCUGGAUCGAGCUGCGGACUGGACGGCGACUACAGCGACUAUCACCUGACCAUCGAGGACCUCAGGGCGAAGAUUAUCUUGUCAACUGCUGCUAACGCCAAUGUCAUUCUGCAGAUCGAUAACGCCAGACUAGCCGCUGAUGACUUCCGGCUCAAGUAUGAAAAUGAGCUCACCUUGCACCAAAACGUAGAGGCUGACAUCAAUGGGCUGCAGCGUGUCCUGGAGGAGCUGGCACUGUGCAGGACGGGCCAGGAGCUGCAGCACGAGUCCCUGAGCGAGGAGGUGACCUACCUCAGGAGGAACCACGAAGAGGAAAUGAAGACUCUGCAGUGCGCAGCUGGGGGCAACGUGAACGUGGAGAUGAACGCGGCCCCCAGCGUGGACCUCACGGUGCUGCUGAGCAACAUGCGGGCCGAGUACGAGGCGCUGGCGGAGCAGAACCGCAGGGACGCGGAGGCCUGGUUCAGUGCGAAGAGUGCCUUGCUGCAGCAGCAGAUGUCCCAAGAUGCGGGCGAGGCCAUGCGGGCCAGGACCCAAGUGACAGAGCUGAAGCGCACACUGCAGACGCAGGAGAUCGAGCUGAGGUCCCUCCUGGCCACGAAACACUCCCUGGAGUGCUCGCUGAGCGAGACCGAGGGCAGCUACUGCUCGCAGCUGGCCCAGAUCCAGGCGCAGGUCGGGGCCCUGGAGGAGCAGCUGCACCAGGUGCGGACGGAGACCGAAGGCCAGAAGCUGGAGUACGGGCAGCUGCUGGACCUCAAGGUGCACCUGGAGAAGGAGAUCGAGACCUACUGCCGCCUCAUCGACGGAGACGACGGGUCAUGCUCCAAAUUAAAAGGCGUUGGAUUGGGAAGCCCAGGAAGUUCAUCUAAAGAUUUAUCCAAAACCACACUGGUAAAGACGGUGGUUGAAGAGCUGGAUCAAAAUGGCAAAGUCCUCUCGGCCAGGGUUCACUCCAUCGAGGAAAAGACGCUGAAACUGCCCAACAGCAAGACAGGCCAGAGGCAGAGGCCCCCCUUCUAG